AUGUCCUUCCAAACCCUCGCCCUCGCCGCUGUUGCGGUGGUAUAUUUUCUGAUCCGCUAUCUCAAUCGCACCGACGUUCCCAAGAUCAAGGGGAUACCUGAAAUUCCUGGGGUGCCUAUAUUUGGGAACCUGUUGCAACUAGGCGACCAGCAUGCGACUGUGACGAAGAAGUGGGCGAAGAAAUAUGGCCCCGUCUUCCAGGUCCGAAUGGGCAAUCGGCGCAUUGUCUUCGCCAACAGUUUUGAGUCCGUCCGCCAACUGUGGAUCAAAGACCAGUCGGCCCUGAUCUCGCGCCCGACCUUUCACACCUUCCACAGCGUCGUGUCCAGCUCGCAGGGCUUCACGAUCGGCACCUCGCCCUGGGACGAGUCCUGCAAGCGCCGACGCAAGGCGGCCGCCACCGCGCUGAACCGCCCCGCCGUGCAGUCGUAUAUGCCAAUCAUCGACCUCGAGGCCACCGCCAGCAUCCGCGAGCUGUUCCAGGACAGCGACAGCGGCAGCAAGGACAUCAACCCGGUCGCGUAUUUCCAGCGGUUCGCGCUCAACACCAGUCUCACGCUGAACUACGGCUUCCGUAUCAGCGGUAACGUCGACGAUGAGCUGCUGCACGAGAUCUGCGACGUCGAGCGCGGCGUCUCCAAUUUCCGGAGUACCAGCAACAAUUGGCAGGACUACAUUCCCCUCAUGCGUCUGUUCCCCAAGGCGAACACCGAGGCCGAGUCGUUCCGCGUGCGCCGCGAUAAGUAUUUGACGUAUCUGCUGGAUAUUCUCAAGGAACAGAUUGCCAAGGGCACGGAUAAGCCGUGCAUCACGGGAAACAUCCUCAAGGAUCCUGAGGCGAAGCUGAAUGAGGCGGAGGUCAAGUCCAUCUGUCUCACUAUGGUCUCCGCCGGAUUGGACACGGUUCCCGGCAACGUCAUCAUGGGCAUCGCCUAUCUCGCCUCGGAAGACGGCCAGCGUGUUCAGCAGAAGGCCUACGAGGAGAUCAUGAAGGUGUACCCGGACGGUGACGCCUGGGAGAAGUGCCUCGUGGAAGAGAAAGUCCCCUACGUGACCGCCCUGGUGAAAGAGACCCUCCGGUUUUGGACCGUGAUCCCCAUCUGUUUGCCGCGCGAAAGCACCAAGGAUAUUGUCUACAACGGCGCGACCAUCCCCGCCGGAACCACCUUCUUCAUGAACGCAUACGCCGCAGACUACGACGAGGAGCACUUCGAUAAGCCCGAGCAAUUCCUGCCGGAGCGGUAUUUGGAGGUGGGCGAGGGCACGGGCACUCCCCACUACGGCUACGGGGCUGGCUCGCGCAUGUGCGCGGGCUCGCAUCUGGCCAACCGCGAGCUGUACACCGCCUACAUCCGCUUGAUCACCGCCUUCACCAUGCACCCGGCCAAGAACCCCGAGGACCGCCCGAUCAUGGAUGCCAUUCACUGCAAUGCUAUCCCCACGGCGUUGACAACGGAGCCCAAGCCCUUCAAGGUGGGAUUCCGACCGAGGAAUCCCGAGAAGUUGAAGCAGUGGAUUCGAGAGAGUGAUGAGCGGACUAAGCAUUUGUGA